AUGUCAAAUGUGUUCGAGAAGAAAAUAAAUGUCGUGAAGAGAGAACUUGAAGGAGACUUUCCGUAUUUUUCAAAGCCCAUCGUUGUCUCCGAGUAUACCGUCGACCGUGAAAGGUAGCCACAACAGAUUUUAAAAAGAAGUGGUUUUUUUUUCUAGUGUGAGGUGACUUGAGAGUACUUGAAUAAACCAAUUUUUAAGAAAAAUAAAUAACUAGUCGAGGUUCUUUCUUCGAGUUUCAAUUUGAAAUAUAGGACCUUUUGAAAACUUACUGAGAUUUCGCAUAUGGCCGAUCCACAGUUAGCUUGGGAUAACUUUUUUGCGCCCCCCAUCAAACAGACAAUGUCUCUUUUUUCGCCGUGUCAGGACCCAUUUUUCGAUGGCACAAACCAGUUGGGAAUCAGCUUUAGUCAUUGCGCCAGCUUUGGCGAGAUCAACGAAAAACCCUUUAUGGCCAAGCAUUAUAUAACUUGGGCGAAUCCUAGUGACUUUUCAAGGGAAUUGAAAUGAAAAUAAUGGUUUUACAAGCUUUUGAGAGGUGCAAAAAAAUAUUCUUCCGAGCUUCUUUUUCCACUUUUCAAAAAGGCCUUGUAUCGAAUUUCCAGUUCUUCUUUCCUUCUCAACACGUUUAUAUUACCUCAAAGAGAAUUUGUAAACUUUUCGUUUGGACGAGCUACGUAGAGGGCAUAUAGAUCAGUCACGACUGGCUUGUGCCAUCAAAAAAAGGGUCCUGACACGAUAAUAAAACAGGGCCUGGUUGGUGGAGAGCACAGAAACGCCACGCCCCCUCAGUAGUCCAAAUCAGCCGUGAAUCGGCUAUAUAAUUUGACUAAGCUUUAGAAACGUUACUAUUGGGCGAGCAGAAGCUAAGAACUUGUACAUACCUGCUGUUCGACGCGAUGUGCAUCUAAAGUUGGAUGAAGGCUACGAAAAGUUUGAUGAGAAGGUGAAGAAUGAUGUAGAUUACCCUUUUUCGUUGCUGGAGCUUUUUAUAUGUAUGUAUGUAAAAAACGUCCCAAAUAAACUUUAAGACUAAAACAAGGUUAGAAAAGAAUUUCCAGGCCGGGGAAGAAAACCUCGACGGUUUUAUUACGCUGGAUCGAAUGCAUGGCACCGAAAGGUGGACGAUUAAAAAAAGGUUCAGAUUUUUACGAAAAGUUAUUUUAUAAAAAAACCAGCAUAAAACAUACAAAGAAAAAUUGACAAGAAUUUAUUUCGAAAAAUAAUCCUCAAAAAAAUUGCAAUAGAAUAUUCGAGAAGAAGUGA